AUGAAACUUGAAUUGAUGCUUCAAAAUUGUGAAAAACAUCCCACUGAAUUACCAUGCCAACAACAAGGCCUGGAUGACCUCCAACCUCUUCACUCAGUGAUCCAAGAAAUUGGACAGGAGAAAGGAAUUGUUGCUGAGAGUGAUCAAGGCAAGGCUGCUGACACCGCCACCCCACUCCCAAACAUUAAUGUGCUGCAGGCCUUGAGAAUGUUAAAGCUUGCCUGGGCAUCUGUCACCCCCCAGACCAAUGUGAACUGCUUCAAAAAAGCAAAGUUUGUGCCCCAGGAUGACCCCCAGGAUGACCCCAAGGAUGACAUUCCCCUAUCUCAGCUGGCAGUGGAUGAGGAUGACAUUCCACUUGCCAGCUUAUUCCAGCAAGCCAGCCAGUACAUGGAAGUAGAAGACACACUGGAUGACUACGUCAUUGCUGACCAGGACAUGAUAGCAGUGACUGAGGAAACUGAGGAGGACAUCUUUGAAGAUGUGAUGUCCAAGCACAUUGGACACCAGGACAUCCAGGAGGACGAGGAGGACGAGGACAUCACCCCCAACCCCAGCCACCAAGUUGUGAAACCACCUUAUCACAUCUUGAGGACAUCCAGCUGUUCCUGGAAACCCAUCCAGACAUGUCUGAUGACUUCCAACACAUCCAGAAGAAUAGCCAGAAGAACAAGAGUCAAGUCCAUGAACAAUAAGAAACAGAAAACAAUAGCUGACUUUUUCACACAAAAGUGA